UGCAAUGCAAUGUAAGUGUGUGAAGCAGUGAUUUGUCAUUUCACUCAAUGUUUGAUACAUUAAUUGCAUUUAAACUAUACUUUAAUUGCAAUCAAUUAGUAUUAGUAUUAGUGUAUAGACUGUGGCACCCAUUGCUUCAUUGUGUGCUAUAAUGGGCUUAAAUGUGAGUUCAUUAAACAAUUUGAAGCAAAACCAAUAUCUGACAAAAUUGGUGUCCAAUGAACACAUGUCAACUGAUCCGUCAAAUCAUGACUACUGGGAUCAGUUGCUGUCCUUUGCUUUCGACAAUUUGCCACAAAUCUGUAAUGACCAAAAGUUUGUCGACGAAAACAUAAGUCCAUUGCUUUCGAGUUUAGUUGAAAACAACUUGAGUUCACAUAAUAUCGGAUCAAUUGUUCGCAUCGUUAUCGACAAGACAUCCAAAUUGAAAGAAGGGAAGAGCGAAGAGCAGAGUUAUAAUCUGAUUGUAUGGCAAACAUAUAACUCGCUCUUCAUCCUGCGGUCGGCCGCCAAGUAUUUGAUCGAAACGCUCACUGAAGACAAUAUCAUUCGUCACUUCACCGCCAAAGUGGACACGAAUGAGAAAAAAACCGAAGAGUCGGGUCUUGUAAUGAUUGAACAGCUGUUGAUUACAUUGAUUGAAAUUUUAGUCGAUAUUCCUUUGAGUGAUAUGACAUAUAACCUGCACUUGGAGGCCAUCAAUGGUCUACUGGUGCUGUUGUCGACUCAGAUGUAUUCCGCCCGACCGGCCAACAAGUCGUCGAUCUAUCGACUAGUGAUGCAAAAGAAGUGUGCGAUUCAUGCCUUACUGCUAACCAAAAGCCUUUUAACCAAUUUUGUGAGUCAAAGACCUGCACCUGAACUACAGGGCGGCAGUAUUAUACUGGGUCUGGCGUCUGGACUCUGGAAUGUCCUGACACUGGGAUAUGCAGCCAAAGGCGUCGAAAGCGAUAAACCGCCGCUUCUUUCGCGACAAAGUCUUCUUCUGCUUCUGGUUCUGACGAAUCACUGCACGACUGACUCGAAUCCAUAUCGAGAAGCACUCUUUGGUUGUUGUGAUUCGCAAAUGGAUUCACAAAUAGCUGCCGACCAGACGGUCACCGGAUUUAAGAUAGAGUUCGCUUCACUCUAUAAAACUCUUUGCAUUACUCUUAAUGACGAUCAGACCACUCUUUUGCUUUAUAUGCUUCUCCAUCGCAACCAUUACUUCAAGUCAUUCGUCUUGACCAAAGGCGUCGAAAGCGAUAAACCGCCGCUUCUUUCGCGACAAAGUCUUCUUCUGCUUCUGGUUCUGACGAAUCACUGCACGACUGACUCGAAUCCAUAUCGAGAAGCACUCUUUGGUUGUUGUGAUUCGCAAAUGGAUUCACAAAUAGCUGCCGACCAGACGGUCACCGGAUUUAAGAUAGAGUUCGCUUCACUCUAUAAAACUCUUUGCAUUACCCUUAAUGACGAUCAGACCACUCUUUUGCUUUAUAUGCUUCUCCAUCGCAACCAUUACUUCAAGUCAUUCACCACUCUUUUGCUUUAUAUGCUUCUCCAUCGCAACCAUUACUUCAAGUCAUUCGUCUUGAGUCGAGCCCUAGAUUUGGAUCAGUUUGUGAUUCCUAUAUUGAAAAUACUGUACACCUCUCCUGAUCGCAACUCCCAUCACAUUUAUAUGGCAUUAAUUAUUCUUCUAGUUCUCAGUGAAGAUAAUCUGUUCAAUGAAUCCGUUCACGAUAUCACAUUGAAGAAUAUUGUGUGGUAUGCAGACAGACAACUGACGGAAAUAUCUUUGGGCGGACUUAUUAUUCUUGUGAUAAUCAGAACAAUUCAAUACAAUAUGUCGAGAGCGCGGGAUCGGUUCCUUCACACCAACCUCUGCGCCACUUUAGCCAAUAUGUCCAAUCACUUCAAACGACUCAACCCUUAUGUCUGCCAAAGACUGGUCUCUUUGUUUGAGAAGUUGUCAAAAAAGUUUAACCGAAUAUUAAAAGAGGUGAAAACGAAUGAAACCAAAACUAAUGGCAUCGACCAGUCGGAUGUGAGCUCCGAUUGUGAGACGAGUUCAGUGGCACCCGAUUUACAGCAAGAUUUGUCUAUUUUUGAAGAAGUAUUGCGAAUGAUUUUGGAGAUUAUCAAUGCAUGUCUGGCCGCACAGUUGACUAAUAAUCCAAAUUUAGUGUACACUCUAUUAUACAAGCGCCAAGUUCUGGAGCCCUUUCAGUCACAUCCGUGCUUUCAGGACAUUGUUAUGAACAUUGAGACGGUUCUCACGUACUUCUCGAACCGAAUUGAAGCCAUAGAUCGAAACCUAUCCGUUUCGGAAGUCUAUGAAAUCAUACAACAGUCGUCUCUUCAGUGGCCUUCCGAUAGGCUUAAGAAAUUCCCUGAAUUGCGGUUCCGUUAUGUGGAGGACGAACAGCCCGAAGAGUUCUUCAUUCCUUACAUCUGGUCUCUUAAUAUCAAAGUGGAUGGCAUUGAUUACCAGUAUUAUGAUGUCCCCGCUCUUAAUCAAUCAAAAUAUGAAAGACUUCCGUUUAGUAUUCGAGUUCUUCUCGAGUCUGCGGUCAGAAGUUGUGAUGGAUUUCAGGUGAAGGAGAGGGACGUCGAGAAGAUCAUUGAUUGGCAAAUACAGCAGAAAUCAAACGCCGAAAUUCCGUUUAAGCCCUCGAGAGUCAUAUUACAGGACUUAACUGGUGUGCCAGCAGUGGUUGACUUCGCCGCAAUGCGAGAGGCUUUCCAACGACUGGGAGGCGAUCCCAACAAAAUCAAUCCGUUAUGUCCGGCAGAUCUGGUCAUUGACCACUCAGUUCAGGUGGACUUCUCGCGAACGCAACCAUUCAGACCACACACUCCUAACACACACAAAGAUACUCCAAAAGAACUAAUCACUCAAAACAUUGAAAAUUUAAAUAAUGGUAUCAAUCCUUACGCAGACUUUAAGUUGAAACAUAAGACCUGUCCCUUUCAUCGGCUUAAGUCUCUUGGUGCGGAAUCGCUUCAUCGCAACGAAGAACUAGAGUUUCAAAGAAAUAGAGAGAGGUUUGAGUUCUUAAAAUGGGGAGCAAAUGCUCUCAAGAACACGACAAUCAUUCCUCCGGGGUCUGGGAUCUGCCAUCAGGUGAACCUCGAAUACUUGGCACGAGUUGUCUUCAAAAGCCAAAACAAUGUGUUAUAUCCGGAUAGUGUUGUGGGACUGGACUCGCACACGACUAUGAUCAACGGUCUGGGAGUCGUGGGUUGGGGUGUCGGCGGCAUUGAAGCCGAGGCUGUCAUGUUGGGCCAAUCUAUUUGUAUGGUUUUGCCAGAAGUGGUCGGGUAUAAGCUAAUGGGCAAACUUCCCUCUUAUGCCACGUCUACUGAUGUUGUGUUGACUAUAACUAAGAAUUUGCGUCAAAUGGGAGUCGUCGGCAAAUUUGUUGAGUUCUACGGACCGGGAGUUUCGGAGCUCUCUAUAGCAGAUCGGGCCACGAUCGCCAACAUGUGUCCAGAAUAUGGCGCAACCAUUGGCUUCUUUCCCACGGAUCGGACAACAAUUGACUAUUUGGUGCAAACGGGUCGCGAGGAAGACGUCAUAAAAUAUGCCGAAAACUAUUUAAAAGCCGUCAAAAUGUUUAGAAAAGAUUACAACGAUUCUAAUGAAGACCCGAUUUUCUCGAAAGUGAUUGAAUUGGAUUUGAGUUCAAUUACUCCCAGUGUUAGCGGACCUAAAAGACCGCACGACAGGGUCUCUGUCUCGCAGAUGAAACAGGACUUCCAAAACUGUUUAACCAAUAAAAUUGGAUUUAAAGGCUUUGGUAUAUCGAGUGAACAAAUCCAUACAAGUGUUCCCUUCAUUUUCGACGACAAAGAAUACCUUCUCUCUCACGGCUCUGUUGUAAUCGCAGCCAUCACUUCCUGUACCAAUACAAGCAACCCAUCGGUAAUGUUGGGCGCCGGUAUGUUAUGCAAGAAUGCUGUGGAGAAAGGUCUGUCAGUAGCGCCAUAUAUAAAGACAUCGAUGUCUCCGGGCAGUGGUGUCGUUACCUUUUACUUGAGAGAGUCGGGAGUGACGCCAUACCUCGAAAAGUUAGGCUUUGAUAUCGUUGGCUAUGGGUGUAUGACUUGCAUCGGAAAUAGUGGGCCAUUGCCUGAAUCAGUGGUGGAGGCCAUAGAUAAAGGAGAUCUCGUUUCUGUGGGCAUACUAUCAGGCAAUCGUAACUUUGAAGGGCGAGUACAUCCCAACACUCGCGCCAACUAUUUAGCCUCUCCUCUAUUGGUAGUCGCCUACGCUAUCGCCGGAACAGUGAAUAUUGACUUCGAAACGGAACCGUUAGGUAAAGACAUGUCAGGAAAUAAUGUCUUUUUGAGAGACAUUUGGCCCAAAAGAGAAGAGAUCCACUCUAUGGAGCAAAAAUGUGUGAUUCCUGUCAUGUUUAGAGAAGUCUAUUCGAAGAUUCGUUUCGGGAAUGAGAGAUGGAAUCAAUUGAAUGCCUCCAAUGAACUCCUGUACCGAUUUGAUCCGAACUCAACUUAUAUCAAAUCUCCCCCUUAUUUCGAUCACAUGGAAGCAAAGUUACCCAAAAUAGAGCCCAUAGUUAACGCCAGAGUUCUCCUUCAUUUAGGCGAUUCGGUCACAACGGACCACAUCUCUCCCGCCGGCUCUAUAGCCCGCAUCAGUCCGGCCGCCAAAUACCUAAUGGAGAGGGGGUUAGACCUCAUUGCCAACUAG